UGUCCACUCUGGCAGUGAGUGGGUACUUGGUGAUGCCGCAGGUAUUACUCCCUCGAUGCAGCCGGAAAUAGCCCUAGGAAGUUAGGGGACAUCAGGGCCAGUCGGCGGGGAGAGGUCUGUCCGGCCCUGUCCUCCCGCCCCCAGUAGAUCACACUCACCUCCUCACCCCAGUUGGCCCCCCAGGAGUUCUUCAGGAUCCAGUAUGGGUUGGAGUAGCGAGGAUGAGGAUGAGACCGGGAUGAGAUUGCCUCUGCCUGCCUCCCCUCCACCGACUUGCUUUUACCAAAACCCACCAGCAGGACAGAAUGAUCCACAAGCUGGGGGUCACAGGUGGUAGAUGUGGCCUUGAUCACACCCUUCUGGUAUUGCUGCAGGGGCAGAGAGGCUGAGUCGGGGGCCACCUCCCCUAUAUACCCCUCCCCCCAGUUCCCUACCUUAUCCCACCUGCAGUAGCUUCAUGUUGAUGGUCACAGUGAUGGGGCCUUGGGUGGCCACGUACCUGGCGAUGCCUGGGGGUGGAAUGUGCCGUCAGGCCCUGCCUGUCCUGUGCCCCCUGCUCUCGGCUCAUGGGUGUCUCUAUCUCUUUCUCUUUCCCACGCCCAACCCCCCGCCCCCAAAUCCCUCCAUCUCUGUCUGUAGCCCUGUCUGUCCUGGUCUGUCUGUCCCUGUCAUUCUCCCCCCUGGGCCCGCCCAUGUGUCUCCAUCCUGCCCAUACUCUGCUCGCAGGGCUGCAGCAUGAUGAAAUCCUGGAUCGAGGCCACCUUCUUGUGCUUCUUAGCCUGGCAUCUGUGGGGUUUGCUGUUCCCCUUGAAUGGGUAGUCCUUAUCACUGGCCAGGCCACCUGGACAUGAGCAAGGCCCCGGAGGAGACUCGGCUCAGCUCCGGAACAUCCCACCCCCCACCCCCCCGACACACACACACACACACACACACACAGCUGCCCGGAGAGACAGGCACUCACUGUUGUUGAGGACAGUUAUGAACGCAUCCCAGACGAAACCGCCCUUGCAGCCAUUCCCACAGCGGUCACAGUCGAGCAGCUCUGGUGCAAGCAGGGACAGUGUGGGUGCCCGGGCCUCAGGCACCCCCGCCUCAGUCACACAGGUCCCCUCCCCCAGCCAUACCUUGCACAGAGACUUCCAGAGAUUGAUCGUAUUUGAUGGCCCACAGGGCCUCGAUGUUGCCUGCUGCUGCCAUGGCCCAGCAACAGUUGCAGUUUUGCUAGUGGUAGAAGGAUGGGGGUGGGGGUAGGGAAUGCAGGCCUUGCCCCUCCCCUCCCCCUCCCGCCACCAGGACUGGAUUGGGCCAGGCCGCAAGGGGGCAGAUACCUGAUUCCUGAUGGGUGAGAUGAUUCCAGCCUUCUUCCGCCAGUCACAGGUCAGGGGCACUGACUGCCCCCACUCUUCAGACCCUACCUUUUGGCUCACACUGGGGGCCUCUCCAGCCACCCUCUGAUGCCCAUAAAGCUGGCCAAACUCCUCCUCUGGGAGACAGAUGGGGCCCCCAAAUUUUGCAGUUUUUACCCCCUCUCCCCCACAGUCUGCCUCUCACUUCAGCCAUCCACAUCCUCAGCCAUCUGAGUCCCCCUAAUACCCUGGGAGACAGAAAGGCAAGGGUACUGAGGCCUAGAGAGAGGCCAGGUUCCUUGCUGGGGUGCACUCCCCUGCACCUGCUGCCUCCCCCUGAGCUGGGUUGCGACCCCGGCCUCCGGAGUUCCUGCCCCUGAUCUCUGAUUUGGGCCAAGCACCCAGGCCUCUGGUCCUCAGAGUCCCUCUGGGAAACAAAAGCCAAAAACCUGCCCUGUCCAUCUGCUAGUAUCCCUGGAGAAGGUUCUGCUUCCCCACCUACCACCUAGGGGCCAGGAGGGGGUCCCGGUACCUGUGAGGUCACUGAAUGGAGUCACCCCAAACUCAGCUGUGCCCAAGUCCUCCUCUUGCAGCUGCUGAGCCUUGGCCAGGUUUCGGGCAAAGAUGUCCAGGCGGCGAGCAUGCUCUAGACCAAAAGGAGGUUGUCCUAGGCUGGCUUCCAAGCCCCCAGGGGUAGGAAGUGGUCACUGGCUUGGCUUCUCAUCCACACUCGCCCAGGUGAGCACUGGCUGUGUUUCCCGUGGUCCUUGCAGGCCCUGCUACAGACACCUGGGCCAAGGAAGUGGCUCCCCAGCGCCCCUAGGGUUGGGUUUUCCUAGGAAGCCAGAAGAGGGGUAUCUCCGCCCACCUGGGGGAGAAGCCAAGUAAAGGGUCGGAAGGCAGAGUGACUCAAGGGAAAAGUGGAUGGUUAGAGAUCAGCAUCCUGCCAGGUCAUCGCUCUCUGUACUUCACAUCUCUGACCGCAAGUCUGUGGCUGGAACGAGGCGGGGGAGGGUGGGGUACAGGUCCAUGGCACAGGAAGUCUGGGCUGAAAGGUGCUCACAGACCAUCCCCCUAUGGGAGAUGAGAUCCAGAGGGCAGGGGCAGGGCUGGCAACUCCUGGGGGUGGAGAGGGAGUCCCCAGCUUGGGGACAAAAUGGGUAUCCUUGGGUGUUUGCUGAAUUAACUCAUGACUAGAUGGCGGCCUCCUGCCUGCUGCCUGCAGUCACAGGAAAGUGGCUCUGGAGGUGAAGGAUCCUCUUGGACCAGUCAGACCCCCAAGAGCUGCUGCCUCCCUCCAGAGCUCAGUCGGCUCAGAAGUCACCUCCAAGCAGCUCACCCAUCCUGUGGUGUAACCUGCAGCUCCUUGAGCCCCUGCUGUGCCUGUGCCUACUGGGCAUCUGCGUCCCAACCGCACCGGAGGAGACUGGCUGUGCCCAGCAGGCCCCUCUCCGCAGAUGUCAAUGAGUGCCUGACCAUCCCGGAGGCCUGCAAGGGGGAAAUGAAAUGUAUCAACCACUAUGGGGGCUACUUGUGCCUGCCCCGCUCUGCUGCUGUCAUCAGUGACCUGCAUGGCGAGGGACCACCACCACCAGUGCCCCCUGCUGAGCACCCCAACCCCUGCCUCCCGGGCUAUGAGCCCGAUGAGCAAGAGAGCUGCACGGACGUGGACGAGUGUGCCCAGGCCCUGCACGACUGCCGCCCCAGCCAGGAGUGCCAUAACCUGCCUGGCUCCUACCAGUGUACUUGCCCCGACGGCUACCGCAAGAUCGGGCCCGAGUGUGUGGAUAUAGAUGAGUGCCGCUACCGCUACUGCCAGCACCGCUGCGUGAACUUGCCUGGUUCCUUUCGAUGCCAGUGCGAGCCGGGCUUCCAGCUGGGGCCCAACAACCGCUCCUGUGUGGAUGUGAACGAAUGUGACAUGGGGGCUCCGUGUGAGCAGCGCUGCUUCAACUCCUAUGGGACCUUCCUGUGUCGCUGCCACCAGGGCUAUGAGCUGCACCGGGAUGGCUUCUCCUGCAGUGAUAUCGAUGAGUGCAGCUACUCCAGUUACCUCUGCCAGUACCGCUGUGUCAACGAGCCAGGCCGCUUCUCCUGCCACUGCCCGCAGGGCUACCAGUUGCUGGCCACGCGCCUGUGCCAAGACAUUGACGAGUGUGAGUCGGGUGCGCACCAGUGCUCUGAGGCCCAAACGUGUGUCAACUUCCACGGGGGCUACCGCUGCGUGGACACCAACCGCUGCGUGGAGCCCUAUGUCCAGGUGUCGGACAAUCGCUGCCUCUGUCCGGCUUCCAACCCCCUGUGCCGGGAGCAGCCCUCGUCCAUCGUGCACCGCUACAUGAGCAUCACCUCGGAGCGGAGCGUACCAGCCGACGUGUUCCAAAUCCAAGCGACGUCCGUCUACCCUGGCGCCUACAAUGCUUUUCAGAUCCGUGCUGGAAACUCGCAGGGAGACUUCUACAUUAGGCAAAUCAACAAUGUCAGCGCCAUGCUGGUCCUCGCGCGCCCUGUGACAGGCCCCCGGGAGUACGUGCUGGACCUCGAGAUGGUCACCAUGAACUCCCUCAUGAGCUACCGGGCCAGCUCUGUACUGAGACUCACCGUCUUCGUGGGGGCCUACACCUUCUGAGGAGUGGGCGGGGGAGCUCUCAGGGAGGGGGAGGUUCCCUGUAGCCGAGGAGCCUGGGGCUCAGGGAUGACUGUGUUCUGCUAAAAAGGGAAGACGCUGUUGUGAAGGGUAGAGAGAGAAAGGCAAUAAAGGGAGAAAGAAGGAGUCCUGGUGGCUGAGGUGGGUGGGUCACACUGCAGUGAACCCCAGAGUGGGGAAAGGGCAGGCUCAUGGGAGGCGGGCCACGUCCACCUAAAGGCGGGGGGUGUCUCUGUCCAGGCUGAAGGGCUCCAUACACAGGAGCUGGGAGCUGCAUCCCCAAGACUGGAACUGGCCUAUAUACCAUGGGCAUCAGAAUCACCCUGAGGAGGGAAGAGGUAAUGAGGCUGCAGACUCCAGGCCACAGCCCAGAAACGUGGGCUUGGCUGCUCUGCAGUGGCCCAAACAAUCCUGCUCUAGACAGUGCCAGGAGGCCCUGGGUUUCAAUCCUAGCUUGGUCUCAAACGAUCGCUCCCUGAGCCUCAGUGUUCCAAUCCAUAAAAUGAGGCAACUGGACUGUCAGCGCUUUAUAAACUUUUCUUUUCCUAGCUACAGAA